GCCUUCCAAUGUAACAGUUGUAAUCCUGUCUACUAAAAUUCAAUAUUGCUUUGAUAAAGGGCAAGACAGAAACUGGUUGUAGAUCAGUUAGAACUUUAUUAUACCAGGAGAAACAAAGCUUAUCAUCAGAUGUCAGUUUAUGUUCUGUUACAAAAAGAUCUCUGUAAAGUGUUGGUUGUGCCAUCUUCAUCAGUAAAUGAUUCUACUAUUGGAUCCUGACCAAGACACUAUGGGAAUUAAAUAUACCAGCUGUCAUUUCUUUACUAGGGCAAGAAGAGAUCUUUGCUGAAAACUUGCUUAAUAAUUUGGGAUAGUGUCUUACAUAGGUUAUUGUCUGACAUCAUUAUUCAUUACUCAUUUUACCUACUUCUAACAAAAUACUUCUUGAUUGCUGUUAAGGUUGUGUCAGCUGGAGGAGAGCUUUCUCUUCCAGGUUCUUUUGAUAGAACUGUGCUAGGUCAGAGAAGUGAGGCGGCCAGCAGCUUUGCAGUAGUCCAACAGAUCUUCGCUGAGGCAUGAUUGUGAGGGAGGAUACAUAGAGGUCUGUGUGUGGGAAAGGCAGUAACAGUGUUGCUAGAACAGGAGAUGUGAGCUGAGACUGUGUUAUGUGGUUGUUGGGGAUUUCAGGAAGGUACUUUGGGCUCAAUGGGCACAGGUUCAGACUGUACUACGGAUGGUGUCUGAAAAGGCCAAUAACAAGUGAACAACAGAUGGUACCAGGGUAGAAUUUAAGAAAGCACCUGUGCAUCACUGGUUAGUAUAAACGGCAGUACAUAUUGAGAACUUAACCAGCUGUUGGUUUAGUUACUCUUUUUGUGCGUUAAGGUGGCAACGUCUUGUUUAGCCUAUUCUUGUUGGAAGGUUGUAACGUAUGAGUCUUUGGACUCCAAUUGCAGUUUUGGAGUAGGCAGCUUCACAAGUUUGAGUUGUUACUCUAGAAACCACAGCUAGAGCAUAUUUAUCCUUGCUAUGUCUAUCAGAAGAAAAACUGAACUAUUUAAAAAGCUAUGUCUAGUGGACUAUGGAAAAAAAAAUCCUCUACUCUACUUGUCUGGAAGCUGACAGGUGCAUGUGGUUCAUGCAGUGCUUGUUAUUAUGAGUCACUUCUUAUUUCAAUAGGUACCUGGUGUUUGUUCAUUCCUUCUCUCUUUUCCCUUUGAUCAUCAAAGCGAGCACCACCCUGUCUCCUUGCUGGUGUGGAUUCUAAGUAAGGCUUUUAACUGCCCCAGAAUUGAUUUUCAGGCCUGUUGAAGAAUUUUGCCUUUGGCAAUGUCAGAAGUACUACUGCUAUGAUAACAGAUCAAGCCUUUGUGACCCUUGCUACCAAUGAUGUGUACUGUCAAGGUGCGCUGGUUCUGGGACAGUCAUUGAGGAACAAUACGACAUCUAGAAAAUUGGCAGUACUAAUCACACCAGAGGUUUCCAGUGGAAUGAGGUCUGUCCUCCAUAGUGUGUUUGAUGAAGUCGUUGAGGUGGAUACGCUUGACAGUGCUGACUCAGUCCGUUUGACUCUGAUGCAGAGACCAGAACUAGGUGUAACCUUCACUAAGCUUCACUGUUGGACUCUUACUCAUUAUAGCAAAUGUGUCUUCAUGGAUGCAGACACAUUGGUGCUUUGCAAUGUUGAUGAGUUAUUUGACCGAGAGGAGUUUUCAGCAGCUCCUGAUUCUGGCUGGCCUGACUGCUUCAACAGUGGUGUGUUUGUGUUCCGACCUUCUUUGAAAACUUACAACCUGCUGCUCCAGUUUGCUGCUGAACAUGGCAGCUUUGAUGGGGGUGAUCAAGGUUUGUUGAAUAGUUUCUUCAGCAACUGGGCAACAGCAGAUAUUGGCAAACACUUACCUUUCCUCUAUAACUUAAGCAGCAGUGCUGUAUACACCUACAUCCCUGCUUUCAAUCAUUUUGGGAGAGAUGCCAAAGUUGUUCACUUCUUGGGAGCGACAAAACCCUGGAACUACAGAUACAACCUUCAAACAAAGAGAGUGAUGCAGGAUGGUACUACCACUGGAUCAUUUCAUCAACUGUCAUUUCUUGCCCUCUGGUGGAAUAUAUACAGUGCCAGUGUAUGGCCUUUGUUGGAAAAACUUCAAAAGAUGAAAGAAUCAGAAUCUGAGGAAUGUGAGCACACUUCUGAUGAAGUUGAAAUCAAUCUGAAAGAUACCAGUCCUUAUGUGGCCAACACACUGCAAAUGCCUGUGCUUCCAGAGCAGGUAUAUGAAAUAGAUCCUACAGCAUCUUCACCUGAAGAACUCACCUCUGAAGUUAAUGAGGUUGCACAUUCCAUUUCAGAGCUGUCUAUACACUUCACACCAGAAGAACCAAGUCCAGAAGAUGAACGGAGAAAAUGGGAGGAAGGGCGCAUGGAGUAUAUGGGGAAAGAUGCUUUUGAACAUAUCAAAAAGAAACUGGAUGCAUUUUUACACUAAAAUAGGACAUGCACUCUAAUGGCCAUCAUGGUCUAUGUUUCUUCCAUAAAUGCAAUCCUUGCAUAUGUGGCUAUCUUCAUAGUUUUUUUGACAUUAAACUUAAAGAGUUAGAUAGAGAUCCUCAUAAAUUUUGAUUAACUGGUACAGACUCUUGGUUUUUUGACUGUUAUGUGUGUCUCAUCUUCAUUGUUCUCCCAUUGUGCCUUCUGAAGUGUAAUGAAUUGUACCCUCUGAGGUCGAACUUUUACACUUUUUUACAAUGAGGGUGGUGAAACACUGGAACAGGUUACCCAGAGAUGUCCCAUCCCUGAAGCAUUCAAAGUCAGUUUGGUUGGGGUCCUCAGCAAUCUGAUCUGGUGAAACAUGUUCUCUGCUCACUGCAUGGGGAUUGGACUAGAUGAUCUUUAAAGAUCCCUUCCAACCCCACACAUUCUAUGAAUCUGUAUUAAUCACUUUUCCCUGCUCUUCCCCAUGGCAUUCUGUAGAAACAAUCAUGAGUGUGAUACAUGUUUGAAGUUGAGAUUAUGUUUUCACCUAUUAAAAGAUACAGUAAAACUG